GCGUAGCUUCUUGACUUUCACAAGUGCUUGUAACAGCCUAGACUGAAUAAAUGACUUUUCAUUUCAUUUCAUUUCACUAACAUCAUAGUUAUUUAUGUUACAUAAAUAUUUAUUGUGUCAUGGGCAUAGGCUUUUUCUAAUAAAAAUGGACUUAUUGGUCAGAAUCCUCUGCCUAUGAUAUUGGAUAACAACCACAACAACAUCAAAAAAAAUGACAGCCAGCGACAAUCCGAAGAAUCAACGAAGCUUCCAUUCCAUGUAAAAAUAACAGAUUUUCUUUAAAAACUGUGGAUGGAAGCUUGUAUAUUUGUUAGUUUUUAGUUUGCUCAUAAAAGUGUUUUGUGGUAGUUAGAUAAAACAUUUAUCAUUCUGGAUUCCCAAAAGAGGACGUAUUUGGACAUCUACAAGAUGGAUUUGGCGGAAACUAUGAAGAGUGUAUUGGCUAAAAGCACCGGUGGCUCAAGUGGAGCCGCUAGUUCUUCUGGUUCGGCGACCCCUCACGGUGCCGAGGGAUAUGUUACUGAGAAGUUGUACAUGCUGUUACAGCUUUACUUACAGAAUAAAGGAUGGAGCCCUAGUAUAGAACUGCUACAAUGUUUCAGUGAUUUGAAGGAAUCUUCUAUGCUUCCUAGUGCAGCUUACCUUCAAAUGAUGGCUUCAAGAGUAGGAUUAGACACACAAGGAAGACUGAUACUCCGAGAGAAUGGCAAGAUUAUUUUACCUUAUGAACAUUUUGCUAAUGCUGUAAUGUUAAAACAUAUGAAUGGUCCCCAUGGAUUACACCUUGGUCUUGAAGCCACAGUCAGAGCGGUUGUUGAGUCUUAUACAAUUGGUCGAGAACAAUUUGGUAUGGAAAAAGAGUUUAUUGUAGAAGUAGUUCAAAACUGUCCUAACCCUGCCUGCCGUUAUUACAAAAACCAGUUGGAAAUGACUCAAAAAUCAAUACAACAGCAUUUAUCACAGCAGCCAACUUAUAUACCAGAUGCUGGUGCAUCAAACUUAUCAGACAGCCAGGCUGUGGAGCGUUUGCUCCGAGGAACUGCCUUGGCACAAGACUACCAGCUGCCUAUCGCUCCACAUCUUGCUGCACUGAGUAACUUGACAGGUGAUAAAACUGAUCGCAGGAGUCAAGAUAAGUUGUCUCAACAUCAACAGAUGCUCUUGCAGCAUCAAAACAGGAGUCUUGGACACCAAACCUCGCACGAUAAGUACGCCCACUCGCAGCAACGCUCGGCUACCACCACGCAGUCUGGCCUUGAAACCAAAUCCAAGCAUCAUUACACGGAUGAACAUAAACUUACUGACUUUUUAAGAGCUAAUCUGGAAAGCUUGGAGUCGUUAUCCAGCGGAGGGGGCGGGGCGACGAGUCACAGCGACAGAGGCGGAGCGGGGGCGAGUGCGGGGACGGGGGCAGGGACAGGGGUGGGACAAGUUUCGGGGACGGGGGGGACUAAUUCUGGGGCGGUUUCCUCGGCGGGAGGGGGUCAGGAGAGGGUGGUGCGGGCGUUCGCGGAACUGGCGCGGAACUUGCAGCGCAUGCGGCCCUGCGUGCGCCCCGCCAUGUGCAAGCCGUACGGGAAGCAGAGCGAGCAGCUGCAGAAGAUAUUGUUGGAUACGAUCCAGUUGGUGCAGUCUCUGCGCAGCUACCUACCGCCGCCGCACAUUCAAGUCACUUCCUGGAAGAACGAUGACAAACUACGUUCAAACAAUAUGGAAGAGUUGGAGAGUCGCAAGAUAGUGAGUGGAAACUAGCAAACCAAACUGCGUUUCUUUCUGUUAGUACGGGUAAAUAUCUACCGGUGCGUAUGAGCAACGACGUUGUAUUGAUUCUUCGAACUAAAUGUUUGUUUAUUUCUUGUCUAUGGGUGUUAUAUAUUUAUGUCUGUACUAUAUCUUAAAAAAAUACAGAUCUUCAGAAUAGGAUGCUUGAGUUGCAAAUCGGUAUUAGGAUCUCAGACUCCUUUUUAUCGGAGGAAUUAUUUUGGAUUGAUUUUAUAGAAAAUAAUGAAAUCAAAAUUGUAUUAUAGGGUCGGUAAGAAGAAUUUCUCUGAAUUAAUAAAUUUUAAUCUGACUAAAGCUUAAGACUAAGUUAAAUCGCGAUUCAUUCGGUGUCAAAUCUUCCUCAAACUUUACGUUUUAAAGCAAUAAAAAGCGAAGUUAUAAUGAAAACUUAUUUGUAUGGGCAUUAUAAAUCAUGAAAAAAAAAGGUGAAAAUUAUAUAACACUAUCUACACCAAUGCUUUAAAACCUCUAUUGAAGAUUCUGAAAUCUGAAUCAGUUGACUUAUUACCAAACAUAAAACAUCCAAUGUCAAAAUAAAAAGAAUAUUUCAUAAUAACACUCCUUCGCUUUUUAAAUCCCUUCCGCGCCAAGGGCUUGCUCAUCCUGGGGGUCUACUCUCUCGAUAACGACGUUCAAAUGAAAUUUAAUUUCGUCAAUUUAAGGUAACUUGAACGAUGAACUAACAAAUUGAAGCUUUCUUUGAGUAGGCUAAGAAAAUCUUCUCCUCAAUCUAUAUUCCGACGACCAAUAGCGCUAAACUUUUCCCCCCGUAUUAGUAAAAGAAGACUACGCUUGGAUUAGUAACUCCAUGUUUUGUCUCUGUCUAUUGAAUGACAAAUGGCAUUUGAGUGACAUGAACAAAACACGGCAUAACAAGUCUAAGCUUAUUCCUCGUUUAUUAAUAAGGGGGUCAUGUUCUUAGAACGCCCUAUGGUAUCUUUUAUAAACGAUUCCUAUCAUGGGUGUAAAUAAAGUCAUGUAUGCAACUGUUUAUAAUAGGGUAUUUGACAGUAUUAAAAAUAAAGUGCCAAUUGUUAGCAUCUGUACUUAGAAUGAAUAUUGGCAGGAGUUUUUACUAUUUUUACAGAAAAAAUAUUCAUAAUUUUACUAAAAACCCACGAUAAAGAUAAUAUACAAAACUGAUCUUGUCUAUUGUCACGUGACCCAAAACGCCUGGGAUUGGUGGAGCCUAAAAUGACGUCACACGCAAGUAAACUUCCGGUUAAACUGACAUUUGAUUGAAUGGUUUGACGUUUUAAUGAUAGUCGUGUGACGUCACACACCAGUGAGACGCGCUAUUGUCCUGAGAUACAUUUUUCGCGGCAACUUGAAAAUAGAGAUUUUGAUUUGGUUUUUUUACCGAAAUACACAACAUAAAGAUGCAUAUCCACUUUUUAUGGACUCUAUAAACAUUAGUAAACAACGUGAGAUUGUUUUCUAAAACUUGUCAAAUACCCUAUUAGGUAUUGAAACACUCAUGUGAUACUCAUGUGUCACACGAGGCGAACCUGUUUUAAUACCCUCAUUAUACAACAAUUGCAUUAACAACUAUUAUAUGUUUACACUCUUAAGUUCGCACGAAACUAAGGCAAUUCGUACCAGGCAGCUCGAUAUUGUUUUUUUGUGAACAUUGAACGCAAAAUGAGUCUAAAUAAUAGUAAAUGUAUUUUAAUAUGUUGUAAAUUGAACUUUAUAAUAGACAAGAUGUUUUUUUUUCAUGUCUUCUUAUUCGCGUAUAAACUUAAAUUGAAAAGUUGCGCUCUUCGCUUUAUUCAGUCUGUUUGAUUUCCUCGACUAUUUUGUUUCUUGUUGGUGUUUGUUGUCUAUAGUAUUUUUUUUUACAUUUAAUAAAUAUUCUCUAUCAACUUCUGUUACAACACAUACGAGACCAGUAUGCUAGUUUAUUGCUUUCGAUGUUAUGGAUCUUAUAGGAUAUAAAAAUUAUCUUGUUUAUCGAUAUACAUAAAAUAUGUUUUUGUCUUAGUUUUAAUAUGUUUAAUCCUGAGUUUUAUUCGUCGUAAGUGCAUUAUUUACACUGUGAUAGAAGUGUAAUAGGUAGGCCUGAGCGAAGUCUUGACAUGAAUAUCUAAUUAUGUAUAGGAUGAAAAUCAUGUAUGAAUUUAAGAAUACCUUUAAAGGGCAGUGUAUCACCUACACGCUGGUCUUUACUAUUGAUCUUUAUAUUGUUUUUUUUUUUCAUUUCUGGCACACUUUAGCCAGGUUGCAAAAAGAACCUUAAUCGCUCUAAAUAAAGACGUUUCUUUGCAUUAAUAAAGGGAAUGAGAUAUGAUCAUUUAAGCUAAAGUGUAGGUGAAAUUGUUUUUUCAUUGAAUCAGUGUGUAUUUGGUCUUAUUGACGUAAUCAGUGAUGUAACCGCGUUAAUAAUAAUUGUUUCUAAGGUUGUCUUUAUUUGUUAAUGCGAAGAUUUGAAUUUGUUCUGUCCUGCUUAUCCCACACAUGCGUUCGAACAUAGAACUGCCUUCAGCUACACAUACAAAUUUAUCGUUUUCCACAACCUUUAUUAGCGUGUCAAAUUAUCGCCGGUCAAGCUAUCGUCUAGCGUGUAUAUACACGCAGCUCACCUUAUUAAUUAAGACAGAAUUAAUUUAAAUUUCGAACGCUAUUUUUAGCGUAUUUAAUACCAAAGCCAAUCAAAGCGUCGUCGCGCAGGUGUGGGAGAAGCAUAAGGGGGCCAAUCGCCUAACGGAAUUGCUAUGGCUAUCGCUAUAGCUUACGAUUUCAUUUUGUUAUUUCUGACCGCCGAAGGUUUAAAAAUACCUUACGCUCAUUUUCUUUUUUAUAGUUGUUACCAAUACAAAAGAAAAAAAAGCGAUAGUCAUAGCAAUCUCGUUAGGCGAUUGGCCUCCAGGUCCGAUAACGAACUCUUUCGCUGCAUUCAAAGUGCUUCCAACGAAAGAAUACGAUCCUGACAGGGCGUCAAUCAGUUUCUUAAGUUAAUUGUAUAAAGUAUACUUUCUAUAUUGUAAAAUAAGAGGUCCCAAUAUAAACUCUUAAUUCUGUCGCCAUAAGGUACUGACACGAUCUGUCAGAAUCGUAUUCUUUCGUUGGCCGCACUGGACUGCGUUCAAAACAUACACUCCAGUGGCUCAAGGUGCAACUUUUUACCUUGACGUUUCAAUUUUGACAAAAUGUAUAAAGCCUAUGUCAAAAUUUACAUUUGUUGCACCUGGAACGUAGGCAUAGAGGUAUAAGAAUAGAGUACAGGAGAUAUAGAUUACUACAAGUGGAAGUGUCCCUCUAAUAGAAAGAGAAAGUAGAUGAGAGACCGCUAGCUUUUCUCUCUAAUCGCGCAUGCGUAUUGGCAACCGUAAGCAUCUUACUAUUUCGAUGUGAUGCCAUUGGAUGCCAUGCGUCACAAGAGAGAGAGAUAGCUAGCGGUCUCUCAUCUUCUUUCUCUUUCUACUAGACGGACACUUUUAGAGCCGCCUUCCCCACUCUAUUCUUAUACCUCUAUGAACGUAGGUUUGGAAUAAAGCCAACCUUAGAAUGAGUUCGCGCGCAUUUAAUGUAUUCUCGAUCGCCAUUUCUUGUCUCGAGAACGAUGGGGUGGUUAGUAUCUUAAUGAAGACUGCAAUUUUUCACGUUCGUCUUAGCUGAUGUUGCCUGUGGAUGUAUUUAAUUAGGUUCAGUAAAUUGUGGAGCGGAGAGUAGAGGUAGUGAGGAGUCACUGCACAUUGACUUAUUUAUGAAAUUGUUUAUUAAAUGGAUUUAUUUUAACAAUACGCGCUAAAAGUAAAAAAAAUGGAGUAUUUGUCAUUUCUUUUCAUUUCUAUACAUGAGAAUAGACCCUUGUCUAUCCUCAUGUAUAGAAAUGAAAACAUGCUGUCCUUCAGCAAACCUAUCCUUGUUAUAUCUCGAUGGACACAAAAAGAUGAAUUGUACUUAAAAUAAUGUGUGUGUGUUAGUAUGGAGCUCACAAUUAUAAUUGAAGGCCACUUGUGCCAAUGUCUAUAAAUAAUAUUUAAACAAAAAUCAUAUUAAAACUUCAUACCAUCUCUAAUGACCCUAAACGGUUAACAAAGAUUUAAUAGGGAUGAUUCUUAAAUGCUAAAGUAUCCUUGACAUGCUCUAUAUAGACCGAAAACGAGAGACUGCUGUCAAAAUUAUUUUUAAGUUUAGAGAACUGUGUGCGCAUCACGUACAUGGUGAUGUUCUAAACGGAAUUAAGAUUAAAUUAGAUUUAAUGAAUGUUGUUACAAGUGACCCUUAAAUUAGUACAAUUAUUAAAAUAACGAUUAUUGCAAUAAAUUUUUAUUAAACGAAAUAAAUCACUGUAAAUUAUUAUUAAAUACAAAAUCUGUAUUUAAAAUACUGCCUUCCUAGUAAAGAAUACGGUAAGAGCUCCGACAUGAUGGAAAAUGGCUAAAAAGAUUAUGAAUACAUAUACAAAAGUAAGUCGAUGUGCAGUAUAUCUUGUAUAGAGAGUAUUGUAAGAUUAUUGUUGUGUAUAUAGUUUUGAUCCGUAUAUGAUUGAUAUGUGGCUGGAUGGAGGUCGAAAUUAUAACGCCAGUUCGCUCUUGGUAGUUUAUUAUUUACUUUGAUGGUCUUACAGUACUUUUUACAAUUAAAAAAGACCACGGCGUCACAUUACAUUCGUAAUACUAUAAAAACUAUUUUUCUCUAAAAUCACGGUUUGUUAUGAAUAUUUUCCGCCUACAUUCGGUAUUUGUUAUUAAGAAAAGGCCAACAAUACAGCCGCCAAAUUGCUCGCGCUGUUUAAAUCUUUCCGUUCUGUGUCGCUCGCUCGAUUGUACAUUUAUUUAUUGGUGUGUAUGUGUGAGAGUUGCUCAUGUAGUUGAGUCGGAUCAUUUUUUAUUUGCGCAAGUAAAAGCGAUAACGCAAGUAAAGUAAGUUUUGAAUUCAGAUUUCACGUAGUUGCAAUUGCUUGCCGCAGCGUACGACGUGUAUUAUAAAGAAAUAUUUUUAUUAUGUUAGAGUACCAUCAUCCGGCUCCAUUGUAACAUUGUUCUGUUUCAUCACAAUUCUAUUAUUAAUACAAAUGGAUCAAAACUAUACGCAUAAACAACACUUCCAAAACAUCACUUGUAUGUGAAAUAAAAAAUAAUAAACUAUCUUAAUAAGUUUGUUAGUGCAAUAAUUAGGCAAAGCCUACUAUAAAAUUAAAAUUUUGUAUCUUAGGACUAGAAUUCUAAAUUAUUACAUAAAAUUUACUUGUCGCGUGGGGAGGUGUGCAAGGUUGUAUCUAUUUAAGUAUUCUGCUGCCCUUUAUAUAUUGUUUAUUUGUUGUAUUUCAACCUUAUUUUAUAGUUAAAACGGUAAGAUUAAUUUGUUAGAUGGAUACAUGCAGCUUCCGUUGUUGAGUAUUUGUUUCGAUUUUGGAAAUUAUUAUAUCAUCGGCACUAUCUCUGGUAAUAAUCCUGUUUGUGUAACUGUACAAAUAUAUGAUUCGAGGCUAUUACGAUGACAACUAACAAUUUAACAAUGCAUUUAGCAUAAGUUUAUUUAACGGCCAAUAACUUUUCGAAAAAGUAUUAUAAAUUUUCAAAAGAAUCUCUCUUUGUAUUAGCUUAAGCCUUCUAGUCAAAAAUGGAUUUGGUAUUAUUUGUCACGGUUAUUUGGAAGUUCUAAGUUUAAUUUAUUUACCUACUGCAUGAAAUUUAUUUUUUGAAAUUUAUGAAUAACAUAGAAGUCAUUGGACAUACAAUAUAAUAUUAUAACUGUGUGCCUAGUGUGAGUCUAAAUUUUAGGAACGUUCGCGGAUAUGUUAACGUUUUUCUAUUUAAGAAAUUAUUAUAGUGCGUCUAAUUUUCUACUAGAUGGCGUUGCUUAUAUGCCAUAUAUUAUCAUAUUAUUUUGUAUGCAAACGCGAUUUAAUCAUGUAUCAUGCUGAAAAUUUACAAAUACGAACACUGAUAACACUCACUUAGGUGUGCAUUUUUUUAAAAUUGAUGUAUUCAUAUUGAAAAUUUGAGACUCGACACUGUGAAAAUGAUUUGAUCUAUCUAUAUUUAAGAAUAGUAAGUACCUAGUGGUAUUGACGGCAAAAUAUCAUAUCACAAAUUAUGUGAAUCAGUAUUUCACGCACAAUUAUAUGUUUCUUGUUUGAAGUACAUUAAGGUCUUGAAUUCACCUUAUCCCUUUCUAUAUGUAUGGCAUUGUAUUAAGUGCUGAUGUCACACAUGGAAUUAACAUUGGUAAGUAUAUAGUUUUUCAAUGUUAACUACACAAAAGAGGGCAUUAGCUUUAAAAUGUAUGCUCGAAAUAUUUUCAUUAUGUUUGUCAAUCUGUCGACUACAAAAACGGAAAUAUAUCCGUUAUUGUUGAAUGUUUCCUAGUUAUGUUGUAUAAUUAUUAGUACAUUUAUUUAUUAGUAUAUGAUAUUCUGAAUCAAUAAAUCGUCAAUAGUCAAAGGUUUUUAAUAAAUUGUAUUCGCCGCAUUUACUGAAUAUUUUACAUGUCUACAAUUUUGAAUAUUGUACCUAUUGUUUGUGACGAUUACUUCCUAAAUAUGAUGAUGAGUAUGUAAGUCUCAGGACGCUAUAUUAAAAUUUUCUUUAAUAAUUCUAAAAAUGGCAUCAGGACCCUGUGAUACAAAUGUAUUCCGAAAAUUUUCUUAAAAUUUAUGUUCAAAUUUUAAUCGAGUUUUGUACUUCUUUAUUUAAUUUGGAUUCUGUAGGUCCAGUGUAAAUGGUUAUUGAACAAAUUUGGCCUUGCCAUGUAUGUAAUUUAUUUGCCGAUAUAAUUUCUAUCAUUAUCAUGUAAAAAUGAUUAUUAUAGUGGAUGAAAAAUGCUUAGAAAAUAAAUGAUAUGAAUCGAUUUAAGUGUUUCAUUGAAUAAAAAGGAUAGUAAAGCGUAAAUGUGCACAGUUAAGAAUAUAAGUAAUGAUUACUUGAUUGAAAAUUAUCAACUUGAAAUAAUAACACUAUGUAGUUUUAAUGAAUUUAUUGAUUAUUUAAAUUAUUAUAAAAUUUGUAAGAAAACAUUACAUUCAAUAUAUUUCUUUAAAUAUGAAACAUGUUAAAUGAAAAGCACCUUUACCUAGACUUCAUAUAUAAAUACUAAUGGUUGUUCGCGACUUCGCCCGCGUAGAAUUAGUGAAUUGUGUAGUCAGAGAUGUGACUUAUCUAAGAUAAAGUAUCUUAGA